AUGAGUAUAGACUGGGGAUCGGUGUUCGUUGCGGUAGGCUUGUUCAUCAUCUUAUCGCCGGGGUUGCUGUUCCAGUUGCCGUCGAGGACUCGAGUGAUAGAGUUAGGAAACAUGUGCACAAGUGGGAUAGCCAUCCUAAUGCAUGUCAUAAUAUACUUCUGCAUAAUCACUUGA